UGUUGCAGUGCUAAAUCUCGAAGGGUGGAAGGGGGAGCUCCCAUGUGGGAGCAGCAUAUACUUGCAGCAAAGGCAGCCCUACGGUCGGAAGUUGAAGCCGCGUAUUUGACUCUACAGAAACCCCUUCUGGGUGAUGCUACAGGCCACCCCUGGCCUCAGGGAGGAAAGCUCAGCGACUUCACCUCCAUCAAUUUGUAGUCACUGAAACGUGAUUGUUGAAGCAACUGUCCAAGGAGACAUUUCCAUCUGGAAAUAACAGCACCAUGAUUUCUGGAUUCCAGUACAGCCUUUUUCUUUCCUUCUGCCUAGCGGUAUGUCAGGAAUCUCAGGCUUCCCAGAAUUGCAUGAACAAACAACAACUUCUAGCUGCCAUCCGCCAAAUGCAGCAAUUGCUGAAGGGGCAGGAAACACGAUUUGCAGAAGGAAUCCGUAUCAUGAAGCACCGGCUGACAACUCUCCAAAAUGCAGUGAUGAAAGCCACUCCAGAUGUACAAACUGUGUUCUGCCCUGCACAAGAAGACCCUCCAAAUGGCAAAAGAUUUGGCAGUAAGAACAUGGUUGACCAUGAAGUCCAUUUCACCUGUGAUGAUGGAUUUCAGCUUGUUGGUUCCAGCUCUCGAAUGUGUCAGCUAAAUGGCAGCUGGACUGGAGAAUUUCCUCAAUGCAAAGAAAUCAAUGAAUGCAGAAGUCAUCUAUGCCAGAAUGGUGGAACCUGCAUAGAUGGAGCUGACCAGUACAAAUGCAUCUGUCCACAGGAAUGGACCGGUACCAACUGCCAAUAUCAAACACAGACAGUUCCACCAGCAUGGAGUGUAACAAAUGAUCCAGCUUUUAGUCGCAAGCCACGUUGUGCCAAAUUUGACAGGAUGCAACAUUGCAGCUGUGAAGCAGGAUUCCAUAUGAGUGGCACUGCAGAAAACAGCAUCUGCCAGGAUGUGAAUGAAUGUGAAGUUUACAAGUUGGAAGGAGCCCCUCGUCUCUGUAUGCACACCUGUAUCAACAUUCCUGGCUCAUACCACUGCUCCUGCCCCAGUGGGUACAGGAUCUUCAGUGAUGGCAAGAGCUGUGAAGAUAUAGAUGAAUGUGGUGUCUCACUGCACAACUGCACAAGAGGAACAAUGUGCAUUAACACUGGAGGAGGCUUUCAGUGUGUUAGCCCAGAGUGUCCAAAGUCUAAUGGAAAUAUCAGCUAUGUGAAAACAUCACCGUUUCAGUGUGAACGGAAUCCAUGCCCCAUGGACAGCAGAUCAUGCCAUCACGCCCCAAAGACCAUCUCGUUCCAUUACCUUCCUCUGCCAUCUAACCUCGUCACGCCGACUCCUCUCUUCCGCAUGGCGACUGCUUCAGCUCCUGGACGGCCUGGACCAGACAGCUUGCGUUUUGGGAUCAUGGAAGGAAACAGCCGAGGUCAUUUUGUGAUGCAGCGUUCAGACAGGCAGACAGGAGAACUCAUUCUGGUUCAGAGUCUUCAGGGUCCUCAGAUCACAGAAGUGGAAGUGGACAUGACAGAGUACCUUGACCGCACCUUCCAAGCUAAGCAUGUCUCCAAGAUAACCAUCUUUGUCUCACCUUAUGCAUUUUAAAGGAAACUUUUACACCAGUGAGGAAAUGUAUAGUUCACAGACUGUUCUUGCUGAUUGUGGACUGCAUCAUAAUAGCCAGGAUUCAUGUUGAGAGUCUGGCUAUCUGUGUACUUGCUCAUUUUGCCAGCCACUAAUUCCCAGCACCACAAUAAUAAUAGAAGCCUUGUAUUUCUUCUUCCAUAUUGCUUUAGAGCCAUCCCUCCUAGUUAUAGGCUUGUAGCAGAGUGCUGGCAGCUCAUUAACUAAACCCAGUUCAUGGGCACUCUCUACUUGGCACCCCCACUCCCCAACAAUUCAAACCAUAUGUGAUCUUUCUCUUUAAAUGCCCGGUUGUUGUUUGAUUUAAUCUUUAAUAUUGCCAAGCCAUGACCCAAGCCACAAGCAAUACCUUGUCACAGAGUUUGCUGUUGGCAAUAUAGCACUUGCUUCUAAAGUGCCUUGUCUUGGCCCUAACCUGCAACCAAUCAAGAGCCUUUCAAGCCAGAGAACCCUGAAUUGACGACACCCUGAAAUGGCACCCCUUAGCUAGAAAGAGCCCUCUCUCACAUAACCAAUGGUGACAUGAUUCUUAGACCCUUCUUGCAAACAAAGGCAACAUACAUGGAACAAGCCGAUAGAUGACAAUGUGUGAGAGUACAAACCCAAGACUUAUUUAAGGCUCUCAUCUGUAGGUGAAGAGAUGGAGUUUGGGGGGUGGGGAGGCUCAAGCCAGAGUGAAUAAAAGACAGGGGUGCGUAUCUUACACAGUUAACAUGGGCUAGAACAACCUUAAUUGGAUCAAAUCAGGCCAUGUUGUGAAGACCCCACCCCUUGGCAUCACCAAGCCUUGCAUCAUAAAUUUCAGAGUUUGGAGUGCUGGUGAUUUGACAACACUUAGGGCUCAAACAGAUUAGAUGAAAAUCACAUUGUUCUGUAAAUAAAUCACUGGCUUAAGCUGCCUCGGUUUGUCUCAAGGUUGUCCAGAGAAGGGAAGCGGGAGGUUAACCUAUCACCCUCUACUUUAUUUUUCUUUUCAAAUGGCAGGCAGCUCCCUGCUUUGUUGUUAGCAUUUUAAAGGGGGGAAAUGCCCUGGUAUCAGCAUCUGUUACCACCGUGCCAAAGUGCCAAACUAGACACAUGGGUUUUUAAUGAGAUGGAUCUGGGUUGCCUGGAUGCAGCUUGGGUUCCCUGCAGCCACACAGCAGUUGUGGAGAAUGGCUGUUAAAAAAUAAAAGAGAGACCAAACAGACUCAGAACACUGCUUGGGGUUCCUACCUUCCCCCCAAGCCAUUUUUCUGUGCCAAAAUAGGGAGACGUUAUUUCCCUGUUUCUGCUUUUCCAUGUGGAGUUUUCUGCGUAUGUGGAGCAGUAAAAAUGGGGACAUAACUCCCCCCACUGCUAUUCCAGCACAGAAAAUGGCUGGGGAGGGAGAAAGGACCCUCCCUCCAUGCUUGUGUUCCAAGUCUAUUUGAGCUCGCUCUUA